AUGUAAUGCACUUACUAAACCUGGACAAUAAGCUGGAGAACCACAGGAGUGACGGAGAACUUAACAGGGACAAUGAGUAACAUGGCAAGAGAGAUACUGGCGUUCAUACUCACUACCUCGGGUUGGGUGCUGGUGUCCUCCACCUUACCUACAGACUACUGGAAGGUGUCUUCGAUCGACGGCACGGUUAUCACCACAGCCACCUUCUGGUCCAACUUGUGGAAAACAUGUGUGACUGAUUCAACUGGAGUCUCCAACUGCAAAGACUUCCCUUCAAUGCUGGCACUGGACGGUUAUAUUCAGGUGUGUCGGGGACUGAUGAUCGCUGCAGUGUGUCUUGGUUUCUUUGGAUCGAUCUUUGCUCUGAUCGGCAUGAAGUGCACUAAGAUCGGUGGUCCUGACCAAACCAAAGCCAGAAUCGUCUGCUUGGCUGGCCUCACCUUUAUUUCUACUGGUCUGUGUUCUCUGAGCGCCUGCUCUCUGUACGCUCACAGGAUCACGUCCGAGUUUUUCGACCCCAUGUUUGUUGCGCAAAAGUAUGAACUGGGUGCCGCCUUGUUCAUCGGCUGGGCCGGAUCGACACUGUGUAUCCUGGGAGGGGCACUUUUCUGCCUGUCGCUGUCUGAUGGCAUGAUCAGCAAUUCGCAGUAUCCAUCGGACAGAAGAGCUUUUGUCAACAGCGGAGCAUCUUUAACGUCUCGUCCGAUGCCACAGAGUCAGUCGUCGCACACCAGGAGACCUCCGCCUGAAUACAGCAGCACUCCCCAACACUUUGACAAAAACGCCUACGUAUAACACACACUGCUGACUUCAGCCAUUCACGUCUCAAUCACGUCUCCCUCUGAUGUGUAAUAUUUCUCAGUAGCUCGUUUAGUGCCUUUGGAUGGCCAGCUCAGAUGACUUGUACAGAUGCUGUGAUUGAAGUUUCGGUCAGGAUUAUUAUUUGCAUUCAAAGUUAUCUUGAAGACUCUGGCAUAUCUAAUUAAUGUUUACGCAGCGCUGUAUGAGAUUAUGUCAUCUGUUGAUAGACCAGUUUGGGUGACUUAUUCAUUCCAGGCAGUAUAUGGUAGCUGAUCAUGAUUUUGAGUAGGUUCAAAGCAGGCCAGACUGAAUUAUGUUUCAGGAAACUAUCAAAUGAAAUGACACAUCAGUAAAGAUUUGAGUGUAAAUAUUGUCUAAAUUUCUAACAUUGAAGAUUGUGUAGCCUAUAUUGCCAAGUCUCAGUCAUUAUUGUGAUUAGGAACAAUGUGUUUUUUGUUUAUGUUUAAUAAAUAUGA